CAAUCACGCUUUGUUCCCGAAUUGUCCAAGUCAGAGAGUGAGUGUAUCCAGUCAUGGCGCUGCUGAAAACUAAGAAGGGGGAAGCGAGGAAAAACGAAUUUUAAAUGUUGUUAUUCAGGCUAGGAAUCCAGCCUGCAAAAGCUCCGUACUCGUGAACGUGUGCCACCGUUGGGAUUAUUUCUGCAAAUUAACCGACGUGGAUACCGAAGCUUAACAGUGCAUCGAACUGAGAGGCGAAUGCAUACUUGCGAGCUUCAAAGUUACUACUAGCCAUCCAGUGGAUGGAAGCACCGUGACCUUUUGGCGUAAACACACUGGAGUUAAAAAGUUGAAAGUCGGUUUUUGUUGCGAAUAUGGUUUAACUGAAGUUAAUUACAUAUUUAAUUUACUUGUCCGUCAGAGAUUGAUCAUCGCGGCAAUCAUGCCGGGGAAAACAAAAUACAAUUUAGUUGAUGAUGGUCAUGAUUUGCGAAUUCCCUUACACAACGAGGAAGCAUUCCAACAUGGGAUCAAUUUCGAAGCGAAGUAUAUUGGUAGUCUGGACGUGGCCCGACCGAAUAGUCGAGUGGAGAUAGUUGCUGCCAUGAGACGAAUACGGUAUGAAUUUAAAGUGAAGAACAUCAAGAAGAAGAAAGUGAACAUUAUCGUGUCUGUGGAUGGGGUCAGGGUGGUUUUGCGGAAGAAGAAAAAGAAAAAAGAAUGGACAUGGGAUGAGAGCAAAAUUAUGGUCAUGCAAGAUCCCAUUUACAGAAUAUUCUAUGUCUCUCACGACUCCCAAGACCUGAAAAUCUUCAGUUACAUAGCACGAGAUGGGCAGAGCAAUGUGUUCCGCUGUAAUGUCUUCAAAUCAAAGAAGAAGAGCCAGGCCAUGCGGAUUGUGCGGACGGUGGGCCAGGCGUUCGAGGUGUGCCACAAGCUGAGCCUGCAGCACACGCAGCAGAAUGCUGACGGACAGGAGGACGGUGUCAGCGAGAAGGCCAGCGAGGAAUCUGUGGUGCCAGCCCGGCAGCUGACUGGCGCAGAGAAGACCGUCGCCGAGGAGACGGACAUUGACGCAGAGGAAGUGCCCCUGCCGGACAGCACGGUGGACGAGUUCAACCGCGGGGUCACUGACCUGGACGCGGCCAAGAAAGAGGACGACAUCGGCAGUGACAAGAAGGUCUCAGAGGACGUCUCCAUCCUGCUGGCCACCCCUAAGAUGCUCCUGCCUUCGUCCGGCCAGCUGGCAGCUGGAACCCCCCUGUCGGUGCACCACCAGAUUCAGCUCCUCCAGCAGCAGGUCCAGCAGCAGCAGCAGCAGACGCAGGUGGCAGUAGCCCAGGUUCACCUGCUGAAGGACCAGCUCUCAGCGGAAGCUGCAGCGAGGUUAGAGGCUCAGGCACGAGUCCACCAGCUGCUGCUGCAGAAUAAAGACCUGCUGCAGCACAUCUCCCUCCUGGUCAAACAGAUACAGGAGCUGGAGCUCAAACUGUCCGGACGCAACUCCAUGGGCUCCCAGGACAGCCUGCUGGAAAUCACCUUCCGCGCCAACGUGCCGCCGGUCUUGUGCGACCCCACCACGCCCCGGCCGGAGGAGGCGGGGCUGCCGCAGCUGAGCGACGGGACGCCGCUCUCCCCGCCCCUGGACAGCCCGCUAGUUGAUCAGAGCAUGUUUGAGAAUUCCAAUGCCGCGUACCAGACCAAGCUCCAAACGGCCAAGUCGGCCCCGGCCCUGAACCGGCGCUCGUUUGGCAACGCCUCGGGUCCGAGCGGCCCCGCAGACGGCCCUGGCGCCGGUGGCCUUAAGACCGGCAGCAGUCUGCACCUGAAAAACGCCCUCAACCUGGGCAAGGCCAUGGGCGCCCGAGUGAACGACCUUCUGCGGCGGAAGGACCCCAGCAGCCUGGGGGACAUCGGAGUGACAGAGGUCAACAAGAACGUGGGGGCCGUGUGGACCUGCAUAGAGAGCGGCACCCAGGGCGUCACAGCCAACAGUCACGUCACGCUCGAUUCCUUCCCUCGACUGGACCCUCCCCCUCCCACCAACAAGAAGCGCCUUCCACGUGCCCUGAAAACCACCCAAGACAUGAUGAUUUCCUCCGACCCCGUGGUGGCUACCCCAGAGGCCUCCGACUCCUGUGCGUCCUCACCCGCCAAACCUCCCCUCGUCCAGACGGACAAGCCCAAGCAGCGGCCCCCAGAGGAGGAAGAGGACGCGAGGAAGGAGCCGGAGAGGUGCUCCGGGUCGACCCCCCCUCUCGACCGUGCGGCUGCGGGUGCAGUGGGGCCGGAGGCCGUGGGCCCGGAGGGGCCAGAGGAGAAGAACGAGGUGGACCCGUCUCAGCUCCUGCACUCCGUGCCUGACCUCAUCCACAAGGACACCCUGGACCCCAGGCAGAAGCUUGGAGGCCCGGAGACCCGGAUGGCCUCCACUCCCUGCCCAGGGAAGCCCGACAUCCGCAUCAGCAUGGGCGAGGACGACCUCCAGGACAGCGGCUCGGUGGACUCGGGCAUGCCACGGCAGCGAUCCUCCAGUGUGGACAACGAGGAGCCACACCCAGACCUGCUGUCCUUUGAGUAGCUGCUCUGACCUCACCCUCUCCCUGAUCUUCUGCUGCGCAGUGACUGGGGAGCUGGGAAGAGGCUGCAUUUCACUGGCUGCAUCAGGAUGAUUUUGGGUGUGUCUGCUUGAACAGAAACUUCAUCAAACCAUCCGUUUUCAUCCACAGUGGAGUGAAUGCUUAUGGGAGUGUCUUCAGGAGACAGACCAAAGUUGCUCAUUUUCAUUUCAGCAGUGCACAGCCUUAUGCAAUACCCAAAUAUUGAUGUUCUCACAUCAUAAAUUAUUACAUUUUAUUCCUUAUAGUGUAUAUAUUUUUAAAGAAAUAUUUAAGAAUUGAUGUUUCACAUCAAUAAAGGUUUUCUCAGAUAGAUUCAAGUCUAGUACAUGACUAAUGCUGGACUCUACAUACCCCUCCGAAAAUAAUCUGCUGCUUGUUUGUAAUAAUGAAAGACCUGAAAACCAAAGCAUGGACCAUUCAUUCUGUUUUAUUGUGAUGCUGCAGGGAUAGGCUGAUUAUAUGGCUGUGUGUUAUACCACAAUGGUCAACAGAUUGCUGGUAUAUUCAAAAAAGCACUGGAACCUUUUGCAAGGCUUAUAUUUUUAUUAAAGAUUUUGGUUAAUAGACAACACAUACAGUAUGAUAGGUAGGUCAGAUAUUUAUCAUAGUUCUGUCAUUAAGCAUUCCAGCUUGGCAGAGUUUUGUAAAACAAAAGCAGUGCUUUUACACAUGCUUAUAUAACCUAAUGGACAGGGCCCACAGGGGGCCACAUUAUUAAGCUCUGAUCACACUGGGGCUACGGGUCAGCUGGUAUGAUGAAAAUGUAGGGCCAAAGGAUGAGAAAGGAAGGAGAGAGAGAGAGAAUGUGUGUUUGAGUAAAGCAAAAAAAAAUUGAUACGUGACCAGAUAAUGCAUACCAGCACCACUGAGACAACAUUAAAAAACUCCUCAAUGUAAGAGAGCAAGCUCUUGUCUAAUGAUAUGUUUUCAAAAGCUACUGAAAUGUACAUGACUGGUACAGUAUAAAUGGAAAAAUAUAAUGUAAUAUCUUACAACUGGAAUAAUUUAGAAAACUGUAUAAACAAAUCUGUGUUGCCUGGAUAACCCAGUUACUUUUAUUGUUUUUUCUUUGCAUUAACUGUCAGUUCCACCAGCCCGUAAGUAUAGAUUUUUUUAAUGAGUAUUUUACAUGAACAAGCAGCGUCUGAAAUGCAUCCAACCAUGAACAGGCAUUUGUGUCAUUCUGUCUCUUGGUGCAGGGUUUUCUGCCCAGCAAAGAAAGUCUUGAAAAUGAGGAACUGGAAGUUAUAAGAGUUCAGUAUGUCAACACAAAUCAACAGACCUGCAGCUUUAAGUCUGUGUUGGUGCUAGGAUCUUGGAUGCUUUUCUAAAGUGAUAUUUACAAGGCUUAGAGUGAACAGUGGCAAUUAAGACAGCGUGUUGCUAUACUGUCCGUGUUUUACACUAACAUUAUCUUGCUAUGUUUUAUGUAGUUUUUGGAUGAUUAAUGCAUCAUGUAUACUUAAGAAGAACAAGGAGUAAUUUUAUUCUUACAAAGCAUUUAUGGAAUCAGUGUAGUUUUGUCAGUUGCUAGCAGAUGAAAAUGCAAUAUGCAAUUUUAAUAUGAGAUAAAUUUAGCUACAAUGAUGAUGUCGGUAUAUGGUAAUUUAAAAUGCGAGAACAAAAAAGGAGGACAUAAAAACACAUACUUCCAUGUGUGCUAUUAUAUGUGAAUAUCCAAUAUCUGUAAUAUAUAACUGAACCGUAAUCAUUUUUCAAAUGUGGGAAAUUCAGAAAUACAUUGUUUUGCCUAGGAGAAAUAAUUUGUUUGCAUAUAUCUGUGUUUUAGGGCACAUUUUAGUUUUAGAAUUUAAUGAAAAUGUCUGUUUUAAUUUUUUUUUUUUAAUUCAGAAUGGAAACCAAACACAAAAAGGUAUUGUUUGCCAUCAUGGUAGAUAUAAAUGUGAUAUAAAUGUAUGAAUUACAAGAUUGUAUCAUUAUUUGUUAAGCUUUGUAAAUUUAAUGUUAAUGGGUCUAUAUAAUUUCAAAAACAAUGUACUAAAUGAAGGAAAAGAUCAUUUAAUCAGAUGAAUGAAGUCUACUGCAAUGCUGAA